GUAUUUAACAUGAGCAGAGGAGAGGACAGAUUUUCCACUAUCUUUCCGAACCAGCAUUGUUCAAAGUAGCCUACACACCACGGAUUGCUCGAUUUGUUUUAUCGUAAGUGAAGCCAGUUGCGGAUUUAUUUCGUAUUUAAUAUUUUACUGGACAACUUAUUUAUAUCAUUAGGACUGAAAUGGUUCUGCAGCAGCAGCAACGUUCGCUCCAGUGGCAGGUACAGUUGUUCGUGUGUGUGAUUGUUUUUAAUGGGGUUUUGGCACAAGUCAGAUACUCGAUUCCAGAAGAAAUGGUGAAAGGGUCUCUGAUAGGGGAUAUUGCAAAGGAUUUGGGAUUGGAUGUAAGGAGGCUUAAAUCGGGUCGUGCUCGUAUUGUUACCGAGGACAGCAGUGACUGUGUGGGCCUGAAUGCGGACAAAGGGAUUCUGCUGGUGAAAAAACGCAUAGACCGAGAGGAGCUGUGCGGUCAGACGUCUCCUUGCAGCUUCAGUUUCGAAAUGGUCCUGGAAAAUCCAAUGGAAUUGUUCAGUAUUACAGUGGAGAUUCUUGAUAUUAACGACAAUUCUCCCGUAUUUUCAACUAAAGAAAUUACACUGGAUAUAAGCGAAGUGGCGGUGAUCGGAGCUCAUUUUAUUUUGGGCAGCGCCGUGGAUGCCGACGUGGGUGUAAAUACGCUUCAAAGCUACAGUCUGAAACCCACCACACAUUUUAAUCUUAAAGAGCAAAGCCACGCCGACGGGAGUAAAUAUGCAGAGAUGGUUCUGCAGAGUCCCCUUGAUAGGGAAAAGCAGAGCGAGAUGUUUUUAACACUGACUGCAGCUGACGGGGGGAACCCUAGGCGGACGGGGACUGUGAAUAUACGAGUCAUUGUUCAAGAUGCCAAUGACAAUGCGCCUGUUUUCAAGCAGGCCGUAUACAAAGCCUCCGUCAUAGAGAAUUCUCCAAAGGAAACAUUAGUUAUGGCCGUCAGCGCGACUGACGCAGACGAGGGCACCAAUGGCGAUAUUACGUAUUACAUUGAUCAGGCCACACAGCAGAAUAUCAGCUUGUUUUCCAUGAAUCCCGACAAUGGAGAAAUUAAAGUUUUGGGUAAUAUAGAUUUUGAAAAGUCCAAACAUCAUCAAAUGAAUGUAAUCGCGAAAGACAAAGGAUCUCUAUCUAACUCAUGCAAAGUAAUAAUUGAAGUAAUCGAUGUUAAUGAUAACCCUCCCGUUAUAGCGAUGACAUCUUUUUCUAAUAUGAUCUCAGAAGAUUCUGUGCCAGGCACUACCGUUGCUAUCAUUAGCGUUAAAGACUUGGACUCGGGGAAGAAUGGACAGGUCAACUGCACUGUUAGCCCAUCAUUACCUUUCAAGAUAAAAUCUUCAUUGACAAAUUAUUAUACUUUGGUAACUGACAGCAUUUUAGACCGCGAGACUGUCUCUGAGUACAACAUUACAAUCACAGCAGAAGAUCAAGGCGUUCCGUCUCUCCGCAGUAAUAAGACAUUUAUGGUAAAAGUGACAGAUGUGAACGACAACGCACCAGUAUUUGAGCAAAACAGGUAUGAAACUACCUUGAUAGAGAACAAUUCUCCAGGAGUAUCAGUAGCUUCUGUUCACGCCAGCGACAUAGAUUGGAAUCAAAAUGCUCGAGUCUCUUAUUUCCUUGAAGAUACACAAGUAAAUGGCUCUCCUAUUUCCGACUUAAUUUCUGUCAAUUCUGACACAGGUGUGAUGUAUGCAGUGCGCUCGUUUGAUUACGAACAGAUCAAGUCGUUUGAAAUGCUUGUCAAAGCACAAGAUGGGGGCUCACCACCUCAAAGCUGCAGCACAACUGUUAAAAUCUUUAUUCAAGACCAGAACGAUAACGCACCUCAGAUUCUCUACCCAGUUCAUACUGGUGCCACUGUGGUGGCUGAAAUGGUUCCUCGUUCAGCAGAUGUUGGCUAUCUGGUAACUAAGGUAGUGGCCGUUGAUGUGGACUCUGGUCAGAAUGCCUGGCUCUCAUAUAAACUAGUAAAAGCAACAGAUAGGGCGCUGUUUGAAGUGGGUUUACAAAAUGGUGAAAUAAGAACUUUACGCCAGGUCACCGAUAAAGAUGCUGUGAAACAUAGGCUUACUGUUGUAGUGGAGGACAACGGGCAGCCCUCUCGCUCCGCUACAGUAAAUGUCAAUGUGGUGGUGGCGGACAGCUUUCCAGACGUGUUCUCGGAAUUCACUGAAUUUACGCACGAAAAGGAUUACAACGACAACUUGACUUUUUAUUUAGUUUUGGCCUUGGCGGUAGUUUCCUUCCUCUUCAUUUCAUCUCUAGUCGUCAUAAUAUCGAUAAAAGUCUACCGAUGGAGACAAUCUCGCAUCUUCUAUCAGUCCAAUCUCCCUGUUAUUCCUUAUUAUCCACCCUGUUACGCAGACGUUGGGGGUACAGGAACUCUACCGCACGUGUUCAAUUACGAGGUGUGCAGAACAACUGACUCCAGAAAGAGUGACAUUAAGUACCUGAGACCCAUGAGUCAAAGCCUCAUGAGUGUUGACAUAAAUGAUAUGGAGACAAUGCCGCAUGUUCAAAAGGAGCAGUCUCCAACCGGAGCAUCUUCAACGCUGGUGAGUGUUACUACUGCUUUAUGA